UGCUGGAGUUCAUAAAUAAUAAUCUGAUCUAUUUCAAUGAGUUAGAAAUCUUUGUAUAAGUGAGCAAUUGAUAUUAGGAAAAAUGCAUAAAUUACGACAUAUGUUUUACCCACAAUGCAUUCGAAGGCGUGUACUAAAAAUGGCAGACUACGAUGAGCCGAUAUCGGAUCAAGAUAAGGUGAGAAUAGCAUCAGACUUCAUCAAGCACGCUCCACCUGGUGAAUUCAAUGAGGUUUUUAAUGAUGUGAGAUUACUUUUAAACAAUGAUAACCUGCUCAAAGGAGAGGCUUCAGGGGCUUUCUCCCAGUACAACAAAGAUCAGUUCACACCUUGCAGGAUAGAUGGCUCUGAUGAACAGGUGCUAGUAACUGAGCAUGGAGAUUUAGGAGGUGGCCGAUUUUUAGACCCUAGAACAAAACAAUCAUUCAAAUAUGACCAUUUACGAAAAGAAGCCAGCGAUGUCCAACCUGCCAACGUAGAUAAUGCAGCAGAAUCAUGGCGUUCUGCGUUAGAAAGUUCCUUCACAGAGUAUUGCCACAUGCACUAUAAAUAUGGUGUCACUUCAGUGUAUGGCACUAGCGCUAACGGAAACAUAACCCUUACUGCUUGUAUUGAGAGUCAUCAAUUCCAACCUAAAAACUUCUGGAAUGGGCGCUGGCGCUCCAAAUUCACUGUAACAUUCUCAGAGUCUGGGGGUACUGCUGAACUGCAGGGUAUUCUCAAAGUACAGGUCCACUAUUACGAAGAUGGAAAUGUUCAGCUAGUUAGUUCAAAAGAAGUGAAGGAAUCAUUACAAAUUUCUGAUGAGGCCCAAACUGCAAAGGAGUUUUGUAAACUUGUGGCAGAUGCAGAGUAUGAAUACCAGAGGGCAAUAUCAGAGAACUAUGUAACUAUGUCAGAAACAACGUUCAAAGCAUUACGUCGUCAACUGCCUGUUACACGUACUAAGAUCGACUGGAACAAAAUCUUGAGCUAUAAAAUUGGAAGUGUUUGGAGUUGUAUCUCAUAUGAUGGAAAGUUGUCUGCUCCGCUGUUGCUGGUAACAAGGGGCCUGGAGACUCGAAACAGAACUGAUUGGAAUCCUUAUGGUGCUGUGAGUUACGUUACAACUCCGGUGGCCGAGAAGUUACUGCGGAAGAUAGUGCAGAAGAGAACCUCACAAAAGGCGUCGUUCAAUCCGAUACUCGGUGGCGUGCUGGAAGAUGGAGAAAUGAAGAUGGACGGAGAGGGAAGAACUGCUUCUCGAUCGGAUUUAAACAGCAGCCGAAAUGGGCAAACACGGUCUACUCGACUGCCCUCUUCAAAUUCAAUCACAAGAAGAGCAACCACAGGGUCUAAUAUUGGUGGAAAUGUCAGUAGAAGGGGCUCUGCUAUCCCUUCGACAGACGGUAAAAGAAGUAUGAGUUUGGACGUAGGAGACAUCACGAUGAUUGCAAGAAAUCUUCGAAGAACAGGGUCUAAAUUGAAAUUUCGAGCUGGGGUUGAUCGUCCCUUCACUCAACAAGAAAAGGAUAGACUGCAGAAGACGUUCAAGAGGGCAGUUAAGCUUAUCAUUUUACUUCACAAUUGGCAUUCCUACCACGAACGUACCUGUUGUGACUUCCGAAGUCCCUACCAACCUCAGAUUCAGGCUAUAGAUGCCACCAUGGGAAUUAGCGGUAAACAAGAGAGCAGCCAUUUUGUUUACUUUGAUCCAAGUGAAUACAAGGCAAACAAACAGAUGAGGAUGUCUUUGGAGGCGAAGAGAAUUUUACAAAAGCCUACCGCGGAGAGAACACCUGAAGAAAUAAACUAUGCCACUAUUGCAUUGAGAGGGGUGAGUCUAAUUGCUGACUACCCUGUCCGCAUGCAAAAGAAAUUGGCGCAAUAUGGACAGUUUGAGUGUUAUGAAGCAAAGAGGGUGCUUGUGAGAUCAGGACAUCCUGCCGAUGCAUUCUACUUCUUGCUGGACGGAACAGUGGUAGUAGCGCUGUUGGAGGAAGACGCCGUCCGGGCAACGACUGCAUGCUACCUCAGCAAGGGAGAUAGCUUUGGGGAGCUAGCCAUCAUGAACCAAUCAAAGAGACAGUCUACCGUACUUUCUAAAACAUAUGUAGAGCUACUCAGUAUUUCCGUACAAACGUACGAGAAAAUCUUCAUGAUAGGUGGAGCCAGGAAUCUCAACGACCCUGACCAUAACGAUUUCAUGAGAAAAAUAGAUUUCCUACGUGGAUGGCCUAUGGAGUUGCUAGAUUCGAACCCUGAACACUUUCUCUUCAUGUAUUAUCGGCGCGGCGCGGUAAUGGUGAAGGAUAGCAACUUCAAUAAUUGGAUCUUCAUCAUUAAAUCAGGAAGCGUUAGGGUGCUCAAGAAACUACAUAAACGAUCUCCAAGAGUCUCAAAGAAAAGCGGAAAACUUAUUCCAAGGAAAGCCAAUAUGCAACUAUAUAGUGCUUUUAUAAACAAUGAAUACAAGCGUAUCAUCGAGGACAACGAACUUAGUCCACCUUUAAGUCCAACAUUCACAGAAUCACCGGGAGACUCAUCUGCCGAUGAUCAAGCUGAAAAACCAAGCACUGAAAAGGGAAUAGCUCGGUCGUUAAGUAACUUAGACACUAGACUCUCAGCCAUACCGGAAAGUUCUAUGGAUGUGUAUUUAAGCAGACGUCAUAGUACCACCGGUGCACUAGACAGUGUGGAUGGUGCGCGUGUACAAGGCUGGAUGAACGUGGACGAUCCAAGAGUUGUACAGUCCGCUCAGGAAUUAUCAAUCGCAGAACAAUUAACGCAGAAGCCAACGCUUGAAAGGAAUGAUCAUAUGAAUGCAAAGAAAGAGGAGAAAAGUGGUAUAAGCCAUAAGGCGAAGACAAAAGGAAGGAGGACAUUCGCCGAUGACCUAGAUGCCAGCUAUGAUCAAGAGCAUACAGAACCUGAAAAGCAUCCGAUGUUUGUUCAAGUUCAAACACUUACAAAGGGAUCGGCAUUCGGUUUGAGACAUGUGAUAUUUGAGGAGCAGCCGAGUUUCUGUUUGGUCAGUAACGGCGCCGAAUGUAUCAUGCUCAAUAGAAAGUUCUUCAAAGACAAUUGUCCUCAGCAGUUAUGGAGGAGGCUUCGCCUGAAUUUACCACCUUAUCCGAGCGAAGACGACUUGAAACUUUGCUUAGACACGAGAUUAAAUUGGGAUGUUUUCAAAGAAAUAACAGUCAAGCAAACACUUCAAGAGAUUCACGAAAGCAAAACUAGACACAUGUUCAGAGACUCUUCUCAAACCACUUUUGGUUCUGUUUGA